AUGGAGUCUCUUGAGACGCGUUCAAGAGACGUGCAGGAGAAGACAUUCUGUAAAUGGUUAAAUACAAAGCUGGAAGCGCAUGGAUAUCCUCCAAUGACAUCGCUCGUGAAGGAACUGUCUGAUGGUGUAAAGCUAAUUCAACUUAUGGUCAUAGGUGAUGUAUCUCUGGGUCGGUACAAUAAGAACCCACGAAUGCGCAUACAGAAGGCCGAGAACGUCAAUCUCGCGCUCGAGUUUAUCAACUCGCGUGGAGUGAAGCUCACGAAUAUAGGACCAGAAGAUAUUAUCGAUGGCAACCUGAAGCUAAUUCUCGGAAUGAUCUGGACUCUUAUUCUACGAUUCACUAUCGCGGACAUCAGUGAAGAGGGUUUGUCGGCGAAGGAAGGCCUUCUAUUGUGGUGCCAGCGGAAGACGCAACCUUAUGAGAACGUCAACGUUCAAGACUUCACGUACAGCUGGACUGAUGGGCUUGCAUUAUGUGCUCUGAUAAACUGCCAUCGACCAGACUUACUCGAUUACGAUUCCUUAGACAAAACUGAUCGACAUGCGAAUACCCGUUUAGCAUUCCGUAUCGCCGAGGAGCAUCUUGGCAUUCCUCAACUACUAGAUGUCGAAGAUUUAUGCGAAGCGGCCCGACCUGACGAGAAGAGUGUGAUGACUUACGUUGCGAGUUACUUCCAUGCCUUCUCGUCUAUGGAUCAGGCCGAGACGGUUUCUCGACGUGUCGAGAAGUUCGCCGAGCUUAUGCAAUCGGUUUGGUUUAGUAGGAAUGAUUACGAACGACGAGUUCGCGCGUUACUUCAUGCACUCAAGGAAAAGCAGGAGGAUUGGGCUUCUGCAUACUUCGAUGGAACCUACGCAGGCGCGAAAGCACAAUCCGCGGCAUUUCUCACAUACAAGCAAGCAGACAAGCGCAGAUGGGUCGUUGAACGUCAGGAUGUAGCGACUCUCUUCGGGAACGUACAGACGAAAUUGCGAACUUACGGUCUACGGGAAUACGUUCCGCCCCCAGGUCUCCGUCUGUCGGACCUUGAUGAAGCAUGGUCAGCUUUGUUAAAAGCAGAAACAUCGUGGUCGAAAGCAAUCAACGCAGAAAUCCGACAAAUAAAGGAAUCAUUACGGAAGCGAUUCGCAGACCUUGCAAAUGAUUUUGAGCGGCGAUUAUACAUGAUAUCCACCGACUUGGCUGCAAUCGAAGGUCCCUUAGAGGAUCAACAACAGCAAGUGCAAGAGCUACAAAAGCGUAUGAAGCCCUUUCCAGACUUGCUUGAGGCAGUCGUACGCGUAGAAGAGGAGUGCGUAGCAGCGAACGUGGACGAAAACGACUAUACGGUGUUCACGUCUCAGGAUUUGGCGUUCGAACUUGAGCUUGUUGUGCAGAGCAUCGCCAAGAAGAUUUCGUUCAUUGAUAACCAAAUCGUGUCGCGAAAUAUGACGAAUUUGACUCCGGCGCAGCUAGAACAGUUCGAGAGCACGUUCCGCUACUUUGACCGCGAUGAGUCAAAUACCCUAAGUAUAUCCGAAAUGGCCGCCGCACUUGCUAGCCUGGGUAUCGUAUAUCCGGAUGAGGAUUUAGGAGUGAUCUACGACCAACUUACGCAGGACUACGGCGCAGUCACGUUUGAGGCGUUCAUCAAUCUGCUCGUAGAUAUAACCGAAGACCAAACGACUCCGGACCAACUUCGCGAAGCGUUCCGUGGGAUUGCAGGAGACAAGCCGUUUGUGACUGAGCUUGACCUGCGGGUUGCACAUUUGCCUGCGAGCGCAGUUGAGUAUCUGCGGGACGCGAUGCCGAGUACGGAGAAUGAGCUUGGGGAGACGUUACUGGACUAUGAAGCCUGGCUAGACCGAGCCUCAGGCGUCCAAGCAGACGAAGACUGCGUAAAGACAUUCAACGACCUCAAGCUCCAACGCAGCUUCAAAUACAUCGUCUACGCUCUCUCAUCCGACAACAAGCAGAUCAUCGUCGCUGAUAAGGUCUCUUCCCCCUCUUCCAGUGGUGGUGGACAGGAAAAGUCGAACCGCGAGUUCUACGACGAGUUCGUGGCGAAGCUCCCCGCUGACGAACCGCGCUACGGGGUCUUUGACUUCGAGUUUGAUAAAGAGGAUGGAAGUGGACGGCGUAAUAGGAUUGUUUUCGUGAAUUGGGCUCCGGAUAUUUCGGGUAUCAAGAAAAAGAUGGUUUACUCAUCUUCGAAAGAGGCGCUCCGUCGUGGACUUGUUGGCGUCCAGGUCGACAUCCAAGCCACUGACCAUGACGAAGUUUCUUUCGAAAACGUCCUCGAGAAGUGCGAAAGGUUGCGCUAAACGUCAGCGGUGACGACCUACCAUCCAUCUUGUCUCACCAUCUCUCUUACUCUGGUGCUGCUUUUAACCCACCCCCAUAACAUCUCUUGCUUUCCCGCAUCACCGUCCACAAACGAGUUUGUCUGUACAAGACGUAUGGUAGUAAGGAAAGGACAAGAAAAUAACUCAGAAAUAUAAACUUAUGUAGAACUUGAUAAACGCGCAGCAUAGCUCUUC